AUGGAGGAUAAGGCCUUUUUCGGUGGGAAGCCGAUCCCGGAUGUCGUGAGCCUCCACACGGACAGCGGGAAGACCUGGGUGAUGGAUGUGGUCAUCGCGGAUCCGCAUGAUAACAAUGCCAACUGCCCGGAGACCAAGCCAGGAGCGGCCCUCAAUGAAGCUGUUCGUCGGAAGAAGGCGACCUACAAGGAGGCGGUGACGAAAGGAGGGAAGCGGAUGGAGAAGACCACCAAAGUGAUUCCGUUGGCUACGGAGAUCUAUGGGGGUUGGUCCAACAGCUUCUCCGACUGCGUCAAGGACAUUGCAGCAACCACUUCGAAGCGGCUUGGCAGACAGUCGGGGCAAACCACCGACCUCAAAUUUCUCAUCUGCCGGAGCAUCGCUCAACGCAUUGGAGUGACGCAACAACGUUCUCAAGCGGUCAUGAUUCGGCACAGGUUGCGCGCAGCAGUAGAGGCCAAGGGAGAAACGAUGUACCAGGACGCAGGGAAGACUUUUGACUGGAUGGGCUCUCAGCCAUCCGCUCCCUGCGACAUUGUGUCAGCAGGAGGAGAAGACGCGACUCCGCCAGAGGCGGAAAUGGACGACCUGGAUGCGCUCGCGGCGGACAUUCCUUGCGACACGCUUGCAGCCGUUCAUUUCCUCCGCGCCUCCUUCCCUCCAUCACUCUCCAAGGUCGCAUCCUCCCUACCUCCCUUCGCCCUUCUCUCCCAAAUCUACACCGUGGUACCACACCGAACCACUGUGGACCGAGAGCUUGAGAUGCUGCAAAGGAGUGGGUCGGUGCGGGUGAUUCGCCUCAUGUCGGCUCGAACUGACAUUGCUGUGCUGUUGUCUCAGGACUACGCCCAAGUGGUUGAAGCUGCCAGGCAACAGUUUCUUCAGCGCGCGUCAAGUCAUGCUGGCAAUAUAGCCCCCCUCGCACAGAAGGGUGAUAGCAGCAGCAGAGGGAACAGCGGGGGUUAUAGGAACAAGUCCAGCUACAGGCAGGAAAACAGCAGGCGAAAGCGCGGUACAAGUGAAACUGAGAGCAGCCAGGUGGCAGUUUUUUAUUGGUUCAGAGACCGGGUUCUUCCACAGUGUACUGAGCAUGGCAUAUCAAGGCAACAGCUGGAACGCCUCUUAUCGAAUGCUGGCAAAUCACGCGUGACAGACAGUCACAUCUGCAUUCUCGUGCAAGCAGGGUUGCUGGUUGCACAGGUGGCACAUGUUGAUUCGUACUGGUUCUCGCUUCCUAACAUUGGCUCAUUCACCCAGCAUCUUACCAAGGUUUCUCUGCAAGAUGACAUAUUUCCUGAUUUUUUCUUCAGGGACGCAUUGCACCUCUGGCAUGAGUACGUGCUCAACACCUGGCAGCGUGUAGUAUCCCUCGCCGCACUAGAGUGGAUAACCACUAUCCUACCGAUGGCCCAAGCCGAGGAUGAGGAGCGCCAGCGACGUGCGACUGCGCGCCGCGAAAGCCGCCAGCGCCGUCGAGAGGCACGUGUGGCGGAGUGGGUGGAGGAAAUUCGCGCUAUGUUUGACGAGGAGUUCGAGGACACCUUCCGGAUCACGCGGGAGGUGCUCGACCUCAUCGCGGAGAAGAUGGCGCACCCCAUGUCCCGUUUCGUCGAGUACAACAACGUCCCGUUAUCUCUCUGUUGCCUGAUUCCCAUCAAGUACUUUGCAAGUGCCAUGACAUAUCACGACAUGAGUUUCAUGUUCGGUUUGCCCAAGGGUCUCAUUCAUCGCAUUGUGGACUGCUUUUUGGUGUGGUUCCCCCGCAAGUUCAAGCGUGACUGGGUUCAAUUCCCUUCUGAAGAGUUGCGUGAGGAGAUGGCGCUGGACUUCCGCGCCAUCAAGGGCGUGCCGAACGUCAUUGGAGCAAUCGACGGCACACAAAUCGAGAUACGCGGCUAG